CAGCAGGCCUACUCUCUAGCUUAGACUACAGGCCUACUCUAUUGCUUUCCUAAAAGGACUAUUUUCUAACUUUACCAGCUUUAGUGGGCUUAUCUAAUUAGUUUUGGUGGGUGUUUUAUUGUCUAUUUGUCAAAAUGAAUAGCAUGGAUAACCUGGAGAAGCAGCUGAUUUGUCCCAUAUGCCUGGAGAUGUUUACAAAGCCUGUGGUUAUCCUGCCCUGCCAGCACAACCUCUGUAGAAAAUGUGCCAAUGAUGUUUUCCAGGCUUCAAACCCAUACCUUCCAACGAGAGCGGGCUCCUUGUCGUCCGGCGGCCGCUUCCGAUGCCCGUCCUGCAGACAUGAGGUGGUUCUGGACAGGCACGGCGUUUACGGGCUGCAGAGGAACCUGCUGGUCGAGAACAUCAUCGACAUGUUCAAACAGGAGUCCAGCAGCAAGCCGACGCCAGAGAGAAAGGAAGAAACGCCCAUGUGUGACGUCCACGAAGAGGAAAAGAUCAACAUCUACUGCGUGACCCACGGCGUGCCCACGUGCUCCAUGUGUAAGGUGUUUGGAGCUCACAAAGACUGUGAGGUGGCGCCCAUCACCAGCAUCUACCAGACAAAGAAGACGGAGCUGAGUGACGGGAUCGCCAUGAUGGUCGGUAACAACGACAGGAUGCAAGGCAUCGUUAGUCAGCUAGAGGAAGCCUGUCGUGCCAUAGAGGAGAACGGUCGGAGGCAGAAGACCCUGGUGUGCGAGAAGUUUGACCAGCUGUACUCCGUCCUGGAGGGGAAGAAGAGGGAGAUGAGUCAGAAGGUGACGGCCGAACAGGAAGAGAAGGUGAACUAUAUCCGGGGCCUGACCAAGAAGUACGGAGACCACCUGGACGAGAGCUGUAAGAUGGUGGAGCUGGGUAUCCAGACUAUGGAGGAGCCGGAAAUGGCUUUAUUUCUACAGAACACAAAGCCUCUCCUCAAAAAGCUUGAAGAAGCAACCAGUACGGCUCACUUGGACAAAGUUGAGCGCGGUUAUGAGAAUAUGGAUCAUUACACCGUGGAGUUCAAGACAGAGGGCAAGGCCCUGCGCAGCCUCGACUUCCUCCAAGAUGAUGACGACGAGGACGAAGAGGAUGAGGAUGAAGAAGCAGGCACCGAGGAAGGAGAGGGGGCCCAGACUGUUUCGGGAGGCGGCGCUGUUACAGCCGCCUCUGUCCAACCUUCUGCCCCCCAGCAGAGUAACGCCUCCCCAAGCGCAGCCAAGAGCGCUGCCUCGACCUAGCUGUCAGCCGCCGGCCCCGACAAACACCUAGAAAACCAGGAGAGGAUAAAGUUUUGCUCCUAGAUGUUGAUUUCAGGUCAGUUGUGAUACUUUUCUCCCAGAUUGGGGGAACAGUGAGACAGAUUUAGAUCUGUGCCGAAGGGAAAGUCUGAGUUGCUGAGGUAGAUCUAAAGGAAGAGAGAGAAGUUUCAAUUCCCUUCUCUCUCUUUUAUUGUGAUUGUGUUAGCGUGCAUCACUGCAUACUGACUGAUCUGAUUUUGUCUGGUUAAAUACACAUUUUAGGUCCUUCUUUUUUGCUUUUUAUUGACGUAUUGAACGACAGACAGGCUAUGGGUAAUUAUUGGUUAUUUCCAGAAUUCAUACAUUUUUUAUGUCGCUGACCUUUUGGGAGAAACUACAUCAUUAGCGAGCAUGAGAAGAGAGGGCCUCAGGUUUUCCUCCCAGUCCUAGACUUUUUUAUGAGUGAUAUAACUUUAUGAGUAAAAAACUAUCACUGUGACAUUUCAGUAAUUCAGACACUUAGCAGCCUGUAUUAUGUGUCGUUGUUGUGUAACACAGGUAUAUUUUCCUAUAUGGACACCACAUUUUGCCACGUUACGGUGUAUUAUAUAUUAUGUGUCAUUAAAACUGAACUGUACAAA